AUGGCGGGCCGCCGACGAAGAGCGUCGAAUUCGACAGUAGGCUCUGUCGAGGAAGCGCAAGUCCGCUGGACCCGAGAAUCUUCGAUCCUCCGGCCAGCCUCGCUAGCAGUACCAUAUAGUAACUGGCCUUGCUACGUGUUGACGGAUGCGGUUAUCUAUCAAAAAGACGGCACGACUCUGGCAAACCCAUUGCUAGUCCAUGUCGAGGGCCCCAUGAUAAUUCGCGGCAAACUGGAGAUUGAUGAUGACCUCGAGCUUCUUGCCAAUCUUGUUAAGCCGAUUAACAAUUCCAUAUCCGUGCCCAUAGAAAUAUGCCAGUCGGAGCGCUAUUCGAUUGGAUACGACCCCCUCACUCUCUGGGUUUCGGGCGCUGCGGGCUGGUUCGAGAUCGUCCCCUCGCCAAAAUACGAAGCCAUGUAUUCUCAAAUCAGCGAGGCAGUCACUCUCUACUACGAAGUGCUAGAUGUCUACGACAAGCACCAGAAUACAUCGCGGGCGAAAAAGAAGAGCAGAAAAUCCCUGGCAGCACCAACUCUGGACGACAUUUACUUCAAGUAUGCCGUCGCUGUCGGAGAUGGAGUGACCCGUGACGAAGUGGAAGCGCGUUGUCACAAGUGGGCGCAGUUUCUGAUCGCUCAUUUUCCGAAAGAGGUCGAUGUGAACUGGGAAUCCACGCUCUUCUCCAAGUGGAUUCAUCAAUCACACCCUGAGUUGAAAGACAAAACCGCCAAAGCGGCUCCCAAAGCGGCGGUUGUCCAACCGCCUCCAGAGACUGCUAGUACCGGCACAGCAAAUAUUGAAAAUGCCCUCCGAAAUACGUCACUUCCAGAACGGCCCAGCAGUAAGUCUGGUAGGCCUCGAAGACAGGUCAGUGAAUCCAAGGACGUGGAAAUGAGUGGUUUCGGGCCAUCGCAAAGCCCACAGCCCGCCCUCUCGGACAAGGGAAAAGCCAAAGCCAAAUUUCCAAUCGAAACGCCCGUACCCCUUCCGGCCAUAUAUCACCAACUUGCGGAUACGCCGGCAAGUUUGAAGCCAUCGCCAGCUCCUCGAGACUCGUCUCCAGCAAAUGCUAGCUACGACGACCCCAUUGAUCGACUAGUAGAUAUCCUACAGGAAAUCGCUACCGAAAUGGAUGUGAUGAAGACGAAUUUCCCCAAAAUUCACUCAACCAUUUUCUUCAAGUGCAAGAUCAAAAACUAUUGUGCAACUAAAGAUAUCACAAGAUAUUAUUCACAGCGGCUUCUGCCACAUUUGGGUCCGGAAUGGAAAGGCACUCCUUUUUAUGACUACUUGAAGACUACUAGCCUUGAGCCAUACAAGCCUCCAGAAAACAUCACACUAGAAGAGAUGCCUGCUCAACUAGUACGCCGCAUGAAACUCUCGCGCGCCUCUAAGAUGGCGCCCGCUGUUGAACUUCCUCCGGCUAUCGACCUCAGAGCUAAGGCUAAGAAGGCGUCACAGAAAUUGGAAGAGGAUGAGUCAGAUGACGAGUUUCCCCCGUCGAAAAAGCUGCUGCAGCCCGCCGGUCGAAAAUCCGGAAAGGGGGCAGGGUUGCGCUUAUUAUCUACGUCCAAGAAGCGGCCUGCUUCUAAGAUGGACGACGAGGAGAGCAGCAGCCAGCGACGUGGGAGGAAGCCGUCGAAAAGGCCCUACUUAGGAACUGACGAGGACGAGAACAUGGAGGACGCCAACGAGACAAGCGACCUAGGAAGCCUUGACGACCCCGACGAUGAUAACGAUACCGACGAUGAUGACGACCCCGACGAUGAUGACGACCAGUCUAUUGGAAUGUACACGCGUGUGCCCAAGGAUGCCAUGCGCGUGGUUGUGCAUGCUGAGAGUAUCCCGACCAUGUCGCCCUCUGGCCCCAACGGAACCUGGACCUGCGACCAGGACGGGUGCGGCUAUGUGGUCCGCUCCGCGGAGGACCAGGUCGCCCAAGAAAUCAUUGCUGGCCACUUCCGUGACCACGAGGCUCAGCUUGAAAAGAUUAACCUGGCCAUGAAGGAAAGCCGCGGCCACAUGCCCAUCAAGUAUGCAUAUUUCCCUCCUGUUCUCUUGAUCGUGUAUUUCCCUCCCUCACCGCAGCGGUAA